AUGUCCUCGCAACGUUCAUAGUCCUAACUUUAGAUGUAGUGCUUUCUCCGCCGGUACCCCGCCGUGCGUCUUUACGCGUGGUUGUUCCUUUAAGAAAACUGAAUGGAGAAUGAAUUUGAGCCGCUCCGCACUGACGUAAGGGAGUUGGAGAGGUUGGUGUACCCUGCAGGAAGAGGCAGAUAACCGUGAUGAGGACCAGGCUGGGGUACCGGAUUUUUUCUUUGCCUUUUGUUUUCUGAUUUAGUUUCUUCUAUCACCCCUGCACUUAAAUGCAGUGUUUAGUUAGACUCUGUUGAAGUUCUCUUCGCCAAUACAACGGUGCGAUUUCAGACCUCCGCCCUUUUCUGUACACCAAGGAGGUUUUAGAGAUUGCAUUCCCCAUUUUUCUUGCACAGUGUUCAAAGUGGUUCGAUAUGUUCUUUGGGGAAGAACGAAAGUCCUCUGGACAUACGGUGAUGGACUAAGAUGACACUCGAUAUUUUCUGUGGUAGAGACUGGUGACAUUUGCUCUGCGCCACUGUCGGCUUUUUUUUUAAAACAGAAAACAAACAAACAAAAAAAUGCAUCAUAACCAGGAGGAGCAGUCGGGAAAUCCAAUUACUGCGCAGCACGGGACAGCGCAACACAGCGGCUCCAACAGCCUGAGCAGCAGCGGCCUCGCUGACCUGCAGCCACCUGCUUACUCCAAACUGGAUUUUAGAAGAAACGCAGUGACAGAUGACUAUAAAAUCACAGCUCAGGUUCUCGGCCUGGGAAUUAAUGGCAAAGUGCUGGAAUGUUAUUGCAAGAAGACGGGAGAGAAAUGUGCCCUGAAGAUUCUGUAUGAUACUCCUAAAGCCAGACGCGAGGUUGAGCUGCACUGGCGAGUGUCCGGAGGUCCCCACAUCGUCCCGAUACUCAGCCUGUACGAGAACAUGCACCAUGGGAAGAAGUGCCUCCUCAUUAUAAUGGAGUGUAUGGAGGGAGGAGAGCUGUUCAGUCGCAUUCAAGCCAGAGGGGACCAGGCCUUCACGGAGAGAGAGGCAUCAGAGAUCAUGCAUGACAUCGGCACGGCCAUCGAAUACCUCCACCACAUGGACAUCGCUCACAGAGAUGUGAAGCCCGAAAACCUGCUCUACACCACCAAGGAGAGUAACGCCACAUUGAAACUGACAGACUUUGGCUUCGCUAAGGAGACGACACUGCACAACUCCCUCCAAACUCCCUGUUACACUCCAUAUUAUGUCGCCCCAGAAGUGCUUGGGCCAGAGAAAUAUGACAAAUCAUGUGACAUGUGGUCUUUGGGCGUAAUCAUGUACAUUCUUCUGUGUGGGUUUCCUCCAUUCUACUCAAACACAGGUCAGGCCAUCUCUCCAGGCAUGAAGCAGAGGAUCAGGUUGGGCCAAUAUGAGUUCCCCAACCCUGAGUGGGCUGAUGUCUCUGAGGAAGCCAAACAGCUCAUCAUUCAGUUACUGAAGACAGACCCUAAUGAAAGGAUGACCAUUGGACAGUUCAUGAACCAUCCCUGGAUUAGUCAGUCAAUGGUGGUCCCUCCAACACCCCUCCACACUUCCCGUGUUUUGACAGAGGACAAGGAACUGUGGGACGAUGUGAAGGAGGAAAUGACCAGUGCCCUGGCCACCAUGCGAGUGGACUACGACCAGGUGAAGAUCAAAGACCUGGACACAUCCAACAACCCUCUGCUCAAUAAGAGACGCAAGAGGCCGAUGCCUGCAGGAGCUGAUAGAGGAGGACAAGCUGAUGGAGGAGACGGAGAUGAGGGAGUGGUGUGUAAUAGUCACAGAGAAGUGACAUUUUCUGAAGAACAUGGGAAAAUGAUUAUUGGGCAAAAGUAGCAUAAACGUCAGAGUGAGCAAUACUUUCCCAUCAACAUACCCCUUAGUGUAUUUUACUUACUUUUUCUCCUUCAUAUCACUGCACUCAAUAUUUUAAUGGAUGUCAUUUAUUUUGAUCCACCACCAGUCUAACAUUUUAAAUAAAACUGUGUUUUUUAUGUUUUA